GCUUAAUGUAUAUAGAGCAAGUUUAAUAUUAACAAAAUCAGCGCAAAAGUGGAAAAUUUAAAGAAAAGAGCAAAAAAAACGUAAUUCCUCGGAAAAUGAGAUAUUAAAAUGAAAAAUUUGCUAGAAGUUCCAAAGAUUGAAUUUGACUUUAAUUAUUUUGAUUAUUUGAAUAUUGACGUAAAAAAUCAUUUAAAAUCAUUAUCAGAUAGUUUACCUGGAUUACCAAAUCUUCCAGCACUUCCGUCACUGCCAACAUUACCACGAGUUCCGGAAGUUAAUUUAUCACUUAAUUCGUUAAAGAAGCUUGAAGUCUAUGCAUAUUUACUGAAAAGCCUUCAAAAUUUAAUUUUAAUAUUUCAAACAAUCAGUUUUUUUAGUCUUAAUAUCAAUUCAGUGAGUUUAACAACACAAAUUAACGCGACUAUAAGCAAUUUCUACACGUUUGUGGCUCAAGUGAUGGAAAUUAUUAAUUUUAGUAAUAAAAAGUCAUGGGACGAGUUAAAAACAGUUGUGAAUGAUAUAAGGAAGAAGUUUUCGUCACUUUCUUGUGCAAUUCCUACAAAUAUUCAGAUCAGAGAAUUAGCUGAUGGACGUCUAAGAAUCUAUUUUCUAUGUGCACAGUCAAAAUAUGACACAUUACUGUAUGUUGAUAUAAAUUCGACAACAUCAAACAGCGAGACACAGCUACUUCAAUGGAAGCCAGUUUUAGACGGUAGCAUUGGGACAAACUUGACAUCCAUGAAAGCAUCACGAGAAUUGCAAUUGUUGCUCGAGAGGAAGCGAUUGCCGGCACUCGGUAUUAAUUCGUAUGAAUUUCAUCAAAAAAGUGGAAAAAUUAUCUUUCAAGCAUGUAAUUCGUUGUAUAUGUGCUUAGAUACAGGUUUCAAUACACAAGCAUUAUUUCCCACAGAACUACGGACAUCACAAUCUCAAUGGUCACCAAUAGACCCAAAAAUAUGUCCAUCAAAUUCAGACUUGGUCGCUUAUGUUUGUGGAAAUGAUAUUUAUGUCACACAUUCAAUUAGUGGACAUGAUCAACGAUUGACAUUCUCACAUAAUGGCAAAAGGAAUGAUCCAAUAAGUGCUGGCGUUCCUUCAUAUGUCAUGCAAGAAGAAUUUAAUAGAUAUCAAGGUUUUUGGUGGCAACCAUUAUCAAAUGAUGGAAUCUACAGAAUUUGUUAUGAGGAAGUAGAUGAAAGUGAUGUAAAGACAUUUACUUUUCCGACCACAAAUUGCUAUGGAGGUGAUGAAUAUCGAUUUCCACGAGCUGGAUGUGACAAUGCAAAAAGUACCUUAAAAAUGGUCGAAUUUCGGUUGUCGGAGACAUUAAGAAUCACAGAUGUUAGCAUUAAGGAACUACAAACUCCACUUAAUUUCCUAUUUCCAUAUUUAGAAUAUAUUGCAAGAGUUGGAUGGACGCCUUGUUCAAAUUAUGUUUGGGCACAAUUACUCAAUAGGCAGCAACAAUAUCUCGAGUUAAUUCUCAUACCAAUCGAAAAUUUCUGUUGUGAGCCGUACAAUAGCAAUCCAUCGUCACCAGAUAGCUCAAAUGAUAAGCAUUUAUGGAAAUGUAUUAUGAAUAAGCCUGACAAACCUAUUCAAGUCAUUUAUACAGAACGCUCAAAUCAUUGGAUUAACAUCCAUGACCUGCUCUAUUUUAUUGAUAUUGGCGAUAACUAUAUUCAAUUUAUAUGGUCAUCAGAAGAGUCUGGAUAUAGGCAUUUAUAUUUAAUCACAUCAUCAUUAGAUAUCAAAACACCCGUUCAAAAUGGAAUUCGGACACAUUCAGCAUUUGGCGAGGAUGAACACUUUACCGACAAUAAUUUAAAAGCUCGUAUAGUUAAGAAAAUUCAGUUGUCAACUGGCGAAUGGGAAGUGCUUGGAAAGAAUCUUUGGGUUGAUAAGAAGCGAAAUUUAAUUUAUUUCAUGGGAUUGGCACAUUCGCCGUUGGAGAAGCAUCUCUAUGUCUUUAGUUUAUUGCAGCCUGACAAGAAAAGACUUCUUACUACCCCUGGAUCCACUAAUUCUAUUGAAUUUAACGAGGACUGCACCGUUAUAGUCCGAACGCAUUCAAAUACGAAUCAGUUACCAUCAUCAGAAGUCUUACGUGUUCAAAAUAAUUGUGAGAAAAAUAGUGUAGACGGAAUAGAGUUAAUUAAUUUAGGAUAUUUAACAAUUGGAAACUUCGAUAAUUCGGAAUAUACGCCUAUCAUAUGCAAUCCUGUAAUAUCAUCGGGAGAGACACUUUAUGCAUUAGUUUUUAAGCCACAUAAUUUUAAGCCCGGCAUGGUUUAUCCGACAAUUUUGAAUGUCUAUGGAGGACCAGAAGUUCAGACAGUAUCGAAUAGCUUCAAAGGAAUGAGACAGUUACGAAUGCACAUGCUUGCAUCUCAAGGUUAUUGUGUCAUUUGUAUUGAUUCGCGCGGUUCGCGUCAUCGAGGCGUUCAGUUUGAAAGUCACAUUAGACGACGAUUAGGUACAGUAGAAUUAGCUGAUCAAGUUGAAGUACUUCGGAUACUUUCGAAACAGUUGGGCUUCAUUGACUUGAAUCGAGUUGCUAUUCAUGGUUGGUCAUACGGCGGUUACUUAAGCUUGAUGGGAUUAGUGCAAUAUCCUGAUUUAUUUAAAGUUGCCAUAGCUGGCGCUCCUGUGACUUCAUGGGACUUAUACGAUACAGGGUACACAGAGCGAUACAUGGAUUUGCCAGAAAACAAUUAUGACGGCUACGUUGCCGGUUCGGUGCUUAGUUAUGUACAUAAAUUCCCAGACGAAGCAAAUCGUCUGCUUCUUAUUCAUGGUCUCAUUGAUGAGAACGUUCACUUUUAUCACACAUCGGAAUUAAUAAAACACUUGAUAAGAGCUAAUAAGCCAUACACACUUCAAAUAUAUCCCGAGGAACGUCACUCGCUACGCAGUUUAGAAUCAUCAAAGCAUUACGAAACAUAUUUGUUGCAAUUUCUUCAAGACAAUUUGUGAAUUUCAGACUUAAUAAUUUUAUUUUUUAUGUUUAAAGUGCUAAUCUAGUUAAAAUUGAAAGGAAUAACAAGGAGGAGAAAAGAAAACUACAAAAAUUUGCACUCUCGAGUUGUUUUUUAUUAGUCGAGAUUCUUAUAUUUUUUCUCUUUUUGCUAUCUAAUCCAAUUAUCUUUAUUUUUAAAAAAUUUCAAAUUAUGAAAAAAAAUAAGCAAAAAGUUCAUCGUAAUAAAAAUAUAUAAAUUAUAUGAUCAAAAAAUAUA